CUUCAGCUAAUCAAAGAUCACUUUCUCGCUCUCUCACUUUCGCAUUUCGCCUCCGCGCAAUCAUUCAUCGCCUAUCACCGCUCCUCAUUUUUCAAAAUGGCUGCGGCUAAAGACAGUUUCCUCGACCUGGAAAGGCAUCGUCAGAAACUUAAAGAAAAUGUCACGAGACUUUCUAAUGCGCUUGACCAUUGGAAACAAUGGAAGCAAGAGUACGAAACGCUGCGGGCUGAUGUAAAGUCGUUGCCAUCAGUAGCUAGUCGGAAAGAGCUGCGAAGCACCCGGGAAAAGUUUAAGGGCGAAUUGUUAAAUGAGAAGGAGCUCGUUGAUAUCUUCGGGCGUGACGACUCGAAGAAGCCCGAGCAGAUCAUUAGUACGCUCACUAAAAGAUUGGACUAUGUUUCCAAGAAUAUCGAUACCCUUGGAAAGCAGCGCGAAGACGCUGAAAAUAGACUUGCCGCUGUAACAAUUGUUGCGAAUCCAGACGCGACUGACGAGGAAGGUCUACCAAUCACAGAGAUAUUUGAGGAACUAGACGAUGACGACAACGUUGUCUCGUACAGUCUACGUACCGCAGGAGAUACCCAACCCCAGGUUCUUGAAGCUCUUUGGAAGGCGGGAAUAACGGACUUUUCUACUGAUUCCACGGCGUCGCCUGGAACUUCGAAUGAGGCUCAAGAUGGCAAACCAGCAGCCUCGAAUGGUGAUUCGAGUACAUCAAGCCAGCAAUAUCAAGAGCCUCAGGUAGACACCCCAUCGAACCGGAUUGCAGAUGAUUCGAAAGAAUUGCAAGCUGAGGAAAAGGCACAAGCAAAAUCUGCAUCUAGGAAGAAGAGCGUAACGUUUAGUGAAGACACAAAAUCUGGAGAAGAUCCUGAGAAGUCCGAAACUGCGAAGAGGCUAGAGGAAAUUCUGCAGAAAGCCAAAGAUCAGCAGAGUAUAAUAUCAGACCCCGUCUUCCCUGCUGACGAAUCUAUGGAAGAUGCCGCUCUCAGGGAGGAUAUGAUUCGUUAUAAUAAGGAGACAAUGGAGUUUGAGAUGGCUCCCAUUGUAGCCGAGUUGCAACUAGAGGAAGGAUCUACCGGCGACGACACUGAUGAUUAUAGUGACUAUGAAGAGGAGGAUGACGAAGAUGAAGAUGAGUGGGGUAAGACUAAGCUUACCGUUGACGAUGACUGGAAACUACGAAUGCUGGAACUCAAGGAGCGGCUGAGCAACUAUUCCUUUGAUAAAAGCCAGGCGGAAAACGACGAGGAUGAGAUGGUGGAAGGCAUUGGCCGUAUCAGUAUCAAACGCGAAGGCCAAGAUGCUUUAGUCGACAAUGUCGAAAGCGAACCAGCGGUUCCCCCUCAAGCUGAUAAGCAACUGCUGGCACAAGACAAGAAGAGUGUGAGAUUUGCCCAAAGUCUUGAUAUAGCCGAAGCACCAGCGCCAGCGCCAGCUCCGAAGCAAGCUUCACAAACAAAAGCGAAGCAGCAGCGCGAGAUAGAUCCACUAUCGGAUGUGAUCAUGGAGCGUAGCGGCAAGGCACCACCACCAGUCGCGGCGCCAAGUAAGAAAGUAUCCCGAUUCCGAAAAGAGAGAAACAAUGGAAUACCUAUAAAUGCAACGCCUGUGGCAUUAGGUGGUACUCUUAUUCUACCGGACGUCCCUGACGUCCCUGCGCCUACGCCUUCAGGACCGGAAAACCAGACUCUGGCGACCUCCGUCUUGGAGCACGAGCCAUCCUCGGUAGUGAAAGAGCCAGACGAAUUCGAUGCUAAUCUGCUACAGAAGCAGGCUACACAAGAGUACUAUAAGAUGCGUAACAAACUCAUCUACCAACAGGGCGGAUUCAUGAAGGAGGACGAAAGUCCUAUCCAGCCGCUAGACGAAGAACAGGGCGGCCCGAAGCGGCUGAGUCGCUUCAAGGCGGCGAGACUAGCUAAAUCUUAGAAGACGGACGAUUUACGUCAACUCGACCUGAGUGGGCGACUUGCUUGAUUUUCGGCUUAUUCUACGAACGAUUUGCAUUUAUCGAGCUGCUAUUCUCUUGAUUCCGUGGGAGAUUAUUAUGUGCUCCGGAUGAAUCUCAUAGGCGAAAUCCACCCGUCAGCUUAGCAAUUGGCAUGUAGACGACAACUCGCUUUGGUCGAUAGGUAGCGUCAAUGCAUCAUCCUAUUACGGCCAAUACAUCUUGAGCUCGCAGAAGAGUAUAACAAAACAAUUGCAAGCCGUUACAAGAGGUAGGUUCGUUCAUGCUAUGUGUCUCUCACGUAAGUAAGUGGUUUUCUUGAUAUUUCUC